UGAUUGAGAUUGCCAUGCGAUGCAUAAUGCAUGGCAUGCUAGGUGACUCUUAUUCAACUGGUUGUGUGAAGUCUAAGUCGCACUCCAUUUUUUGCCGAUUAUUGUUUUUUUUAUAUAACUUGUAUUGAAAUAGACCACAUAACAAUUAAAUCAUUAAAUCAUAGUUAUUUGGCUAUAUCUGAGGACAAUUAAUUGCCUGUUAAUUUCGGAUAAGGCAAUUGGAAGGUAGUUUUUGCUGGAUUUUUUUAUCUAGAAUUUCACCAGUAUGUGGAGACUACAGCCCCAUCGCCUUGGCCAGCUGGCCUGCCGCGAUGCGCGGUCAGCACUGUUUCAGUCUUACCGAUGUGCGAGUAGUGGACAGAAGGUGAUGGCGAUACGACGCGAGGACCACAAUGUCUGGGAAGGACGGGCCCCAUUGGCCCCAUCUCAUGUCAAACAGUUAGUAAAGGCAGGAGUUAAGGUUUUGGUUCAGCCAAACAAUCGCAGGGCAUACACAAUGCAUGAGUAUCAGCAGGCUGGUGCAAUCAUCCAGGAAGACAUCACAGAGGCGUCGUUGAUCCUAGGUGUGAAGCAGAUCCCGAUCGAUGCCCUCCUUCCUAAUCAUACGUAUUGCUUCUUCUCCCACACCAUCAAGGCCCAGGAGGAGAACAUGCCCAUGUUGGAUGCCAUCUUAGAAAAGAAUAUUCGCCUCCUGGACUACGAACGAUUUGUUGAUGAGAAUGGAAAGCGUCUGGUGGCGUUUGGUAAACAUGCUGGUGUGGCGGGCAUGAUCAACAUCUUGCAUGGGAUGGGCGUGCGCUUGCUCGCCCUUGGACACUACACUCCAUUCUUGCAUGUCGGACUUGCCCACAACUAUCGUGGUACAGGCAUGGCAAAACAAGCAGUACGUGAUAUCGGCUAUGAGAUAGCGCUGGGUAGCAUUCCUCGCAGCAUGGGCCCUGUCAUAUUUAUAUUUACUGGAUCUGGCAACGUUUCAAAGGGUGCCCGAGAGAUAUUCCGUGAACUUCCUCACGAAUGGGUAGAAGUAGAGCACCUACCCAAGGUGGCAAGACAGGGCAGUAUGAAUAAGUUGUAUGGUUGUGUUGUCAGCCGAGGUGACCACUACGAAAGGAUUGAAGGUGGCGGAUUCGAUGUUGAAGAAUUCACUCAACACCCAGAAAGAUAUAUCUCAACUUUCAGUUUGAAGGUGGCGCCAUAUGCAACUUGCAUCGUGAACGGUAUCUACUACGCCCCUGGAUCCCCACGUCUCAUCUCAAUCCCUGACGCCAAGACGUUGCUACGGCGACAAGAGAUGCCCUGGCUCCAGCAGUCGCCCGGCUCACCGACCCUUCCCCAUCGACUCAUAGCGAUCUGUGACAUCUCGGCUGAUCCUGGCGGUUCAAUCGAGAUUAUGGACCAAUGUACGACCAUUGAUCGACCAUUCUGUAUCUAUGAUGCAGACCAGCACAAGAACUCUGAAAGUUUUGACGGUGAUGGUGUUGUGAUCUGCUCAGUAGAACAACUCCCGGCACAGAUACCCAUCGAAGCGACUGAUUACUUUGGUGACAGGUUGAUUUCCUGGGUCCCAGAUAUGCUCAAAUCGUUUGCUACAGAACCAUUUGAGAAGUACGAGGCAUGCCCAUCUGUUAAAAAUGCUGUGAUCACAUCAAAUGGCAAGAUAACGCCAAACUAUGCGUACAUAGAGACCAUGAGGACGAAGAGAAGAUUGAGAAUAGGGUCUAGAGAGUUGGCCUUUAUAGCAGCCAAGACUAAACUCAAGAAGGUUUUAGUCCUGGGUUCUGGUUAUGUCUCGGCCCCUGUGUUAGAGUAUCUAACCCGCCAGAAAUCUGUAUCUGUAACCAUAGCGUCGAACAGCCGAUCAGAAGCUGCCCAGCUGGCGUCAAAGUAUCCAAACACAGAGCCUCAUUAUGUGGACAUGAUUGAGGGUGCGGAGAAUCUGGAUGGCUUGGUGAAGGAGCAUGAUCUCAUCAUAAGUAUGUUUCCUCAGACGUUCCAUAUCCAGGUUGCCAAGACGUGCAUCAAGUAUCAGAAGAAUAUGCUGACCAGUAGUUACAUCUCACAAGAGAUGAGGGAACUCCACAAUCAGGCCAAGCAAGCGGGGGUGACCCUCCUGAACGAGAUGGGUCUGGAUCCAGGUAUCGAUCAUUGCCUUGCUAUGGAAGUAUUCGACGAGGUCAAGGAGUCGGGUGGAAAGGUUACAUCAUUCAUCUCUUACUGCGGAGGUCUCCCAUCUCCUGAACUCACGUGUAAUCCACUUCGAUACAAGUUCAGUUGGAGUCCGAUGGGAGUGCUGAGUAAUGCCAUCAGACCGUCCCGGUAUCUCAGAGACAAUGAGCCAGUUGAGAUCCCUGCUGGUGGCGCCCUCAUGGAUGCAGUGGAGGAGCUGGAUUUCCUGCCAGGAUUCAACCUAGAGGGCAUACCAAAUAGAGAUUCCAUCAUCUAUAAAGACAUAUUCAAAAUUCCCGAUGCCCAUACUAUACUCCGAGGCUCAAUCAGAUACAAGGGAUUCUGCAAUGCGAUGAAGGGUAUCGUAUCGGUUGGUUUGAUCUCGCCGGACCCUGUGUCUGCCCUUCACCCUGGAGGACCAGACAUCACAUGGAAAGAGUUUAUGUGUGGCCAAGUGAAUGCUCCCACGGAUAUCUUCCAUGACACUCUCAAGGAUCUUGUCUUUGAGAAGUGUGGCAGAGACAAAGCCAAGUACAGGGCGAUUGCAGAUCUUGGUCUCCUUGACGAUGAGCUCGUUGAGAAGAAGUAUACGCCAGUGGAUACACUCGCCAAAUAUCUCGACAGCAGGCUGAUGUAUGGACCUGGAGAAAGAGAUCUAGUGAUUCUACGCAACCUGACCGAGGUCAAAUGGCCGAAUGCCGCCACCGAAUUACGUGAUGUCAGAUUGGUGGUGUAUGGCGACAGUGCCCCCAAUGGACACAGCGCCAUGGCCAAGUGUGUCGGGUAUACUGUUGGUGUGGCGGCUAACAUGCUUUUGGAAGGUGAGAUCCAAGAAAAGGGUGUAUUGAUGCCCAAAGAUGUGACGAUCUAUCGACCUGUCCUGCAGCGUCUGCGGAAGGAAGGCAUCAUCGCAACGGAGGAUAUCAUUAGAGGGAAAUAGACAACCAAACGACGAGCCCUUAAGGACCCUCAGACUCUUCAUGCAUCAUCAAAGGAAACUUGGCUGUGAAAGGAGAACAUGUUUCAUUCACUUCGUAGAUCGAUCCUUGUUGUGUGCUUCUUGAUGCCCAGAUAUCUUUAGGUCAUUCAUCCGAGCUGUUGGUUUACUCUUUUCCAUUUGAGUGCAAGUAGUUACAUGACAACAGAUAAGGAAACAGAUGAAAUGUAUUGGCAGCGACAAUAUCAAAGCAAUAGUUAUUGAUUGGUUUGGUUUCAUUCUGUAUGUUUUGCCAAUGUCAUCGCACUACUUGUCCAAUGUAUUGAGUGAGAAGCAUUACAGAAAGGCUGUGAGAUGUGUUUACCUUAUGCAUGGUCCAUGAAUACCACAAGUUCUUUCAUAUUUGACUGACUAAUCAUGUACACUAGAGUGCAGUUGAAAUGGAAGUGUUGAUGUCUUCUUUACCACGGGACAUUCCUCAACAGCUGGAAACUUAUACUGAAAUAUUACCACUGACAACAGCUGAGAGCGCCCAGUUUAUCUUACCAACAGCUGAUAAUAGUCUGGUGACUGUGUUGUAUGCCAAUUCAAAAUGUGAUUUGAUGUAUGGUUUAAAUAUGCACAAAAAUAACAAAAUCAAAAAAAUAUACAGUAUACAGUAUAGUUUGAUUCUUGUUGCUAAUGUAGUGAUGCUUAUAAUUAUGCUCAUAGGAAUUGAGGGGUUUUUUUUCAUUGAAGAAAGAUCUGCUAUGUUUUAUUCUUGUUAUUGACAAACAUUUCCUUGCAUGUACGAUCAAGGCUGAUGUAUCCAAAUUCAUGUGAACUUAACUAUUGCAAUCCUAAACCAGAAGGGAAUACAAUGUGCACAGACAGGGUGGACCUUUCUUGUAAUGCAUUGUUCUUGGGGUCGUUAGAUAAGCCUUGGACCAACAAGUGGAUUUGAAAUGUUAUGCAUAUGAUAUGUGAAGUUGUUUGGUGUUCUCAGUCGUGCUUGCAGUGAGUUGUCUAGGUCUUGUUCGUGUGGCAGCUAGUAGUCGCUAGUAGCGGCCAAGUAGUACAAUCUGUUCAAAAAAUGAAAAUUUCUCCAGUUAUGUUUUGCUGCAGUUAUUUUUAGCUGCUUUUUAUCAACAAUGUUAAAAAAGAUUUUGCUAGAUUUUGCUAGAUUCUCAUUUGCCAUAUACGCUCACAUACCUUCACAAUUUUCUAUAUAACAGGGUAACAAAAACAAUGCAUAUUCAUUUGGGAAUGAAAAUCUCAUAUUUAUCAUUCAUGGGCUCCACACUACAGUGUAGACCAUAUUGAUAUCACUCAGGUACUAGGUUCUCGUUUCUUAUUCUUCUUCCAUGAACAUCUAUGGAGGUAGUCCAGCGAAACUGCUGAAUAUUCCGAAAAUCAAUCAAAUUUGCUGGUAAGCAAAUUUCUCAGUCUAGUUUACAGUUUUGCCAUUUCCAUCCUGGUCUACCUGGGAAACUAUGUUAUUUUGUCCUUGAUUUGGAUGGAAUUAAUACAGAGACGUUAAUCUGGUGAUAAGCCUUCAUAUCCGACAGAUCUUAGUUUUGUUGAAUUCCAGAAUUAGAGUGGUGUUUUAUAUUUGAUUUCUAUAGGUGAAACACUUCGGUUAUUUUUUGCUCAUUGUACUUAGGUGGUGGUUGCCAUGAAAAUGACACUUUCCCCUUAUCUACUUAAAUGUUUGCCGAGUUCCUGUGUCUGGAGUAGUGCAAGGGUAGGAGUAAAAAAUUGUAUCUAUUGUAGUCUCUGUACACAGGAGGUACUCGGUACAACAAGGAUAUCAGCUGCAGAAACUAGCACUUCUCAUUCAAUGGAAAAAUGUGAUAUUGUUCAAAACUGCAAUUUAUAGUCUUGUCCAUUUCAUUGUCUUUGGUAGAUUAGAUUGUGUGAAUAAAUAUCAAUGUAUGCGUAA